AGCACAUCGCCAAUGACCAUCGUUCUCCUCUUCAUCACGCAAUGUGACUAAGUCUGGCCAGAAAGUUGCUCCAGAUGUCGUGAAACAAAUUGACAUGUUCUCCUUGUUCCGCUGAUAGAUUUGAUGCGACCAGGGUACAGGACAGUAGAUCGACCAUGCUACUAGGCCACAGAUGGGCCAACACCACCACCCUCGGUCACAUACAAAGAUCAGUCCGUGUAUGCCUAGACUUGCUUUGGAUCAAUGAGAACACGCAGUGGCGGAAGCCCAUGUCGACGGCACCAUUCCCCUGCGCGGUUAAAGCGUCCUUCUGGAGAGGUGGCACGUCCAAAGGUGUUUUCUUCAACAUUGACGACCUUCCAGAAUGGAUGCAAUCCAUCUUGAACUCGGAGAAGCAUCCCGACAAGAGUCAAUUCCAGAAAAUGGAAGGAUUCUUCGCUGCAGUGAUGGGAUCACCCGACAGCUAUGGAAGACAACUUAAUGGCAUGGGUGGAGGCAUCUCUUCCCUUAGCAAAGCAAUGGUGGUCGGGCCAUCUAGUCUGUCAGACGUUGAUGUGGACUACACCUUCUUCCAGAUAGGUGUCAAAGAUGGCAAGCUAGACAUGGCUGGUAAUUGCGGCAAUCUGAGCUCUGCAGUCGGGCCUUUUGCAUUGAACUCCGGAAUCUAUCGUGGAGCACCUGAUACCGAGCAAGCGAACAACGACAUUGAGACGGGAUCGGUGACCAUGAAGAUGAGAAACACCAAUACCAAGAAGAUCAUUGAAUCAACCUUUGAGGCAUGCAAGAUCAACGGCUUCUGGCAGUACUUGGAACUGGGCAAGAGCUCCAUUGAUGGCGUCCCUGGCACCGCGUCUACCAUCACACUCUCUUUCCUCGAUCCCGAGGGCUCCAAGACACCAAACGCUUUACCGACGGGCAACGCCGUGGAUCACAUCAAAAUCGGCGACCAAGCCAUACGAGCAUCUUUGAUUGAUGUCAGCAACCCAGGGAUUUUCAUCGAUGGUAGGGACGUCGGUUGGCACACUGGUGCAACGCCAGAAGAUCUGAAUGCAGAUGAACAGCUCCUGGGCAGACUUGAAGCUAUUCGCAAGGAAGGUACAAAGAUGAUGGGACUGGAUCCCAAUGUCAGCAGUAUCCCGAAGAUCGUGCUGUUAUUCCCUGCCAGAGCAGAUGGCCUGGAUAUCUCAUGUCAGGCUCUCUCAAUGGAACAGGCUCACAAAGCUGUUCCUGUUACGCUUGCACUCAACCUAGGUGCAGCUUGCAAGAUGGAAGGUACAAUACCUAACCAGUUGUCGAAACAUCUGAACCACGCAAAUACCGUCAUUGGUCAUCCUUCUGGGACGCUUGUGGUUGGGGCAGAUAUACAAAAUGGGAAGAUACGGAGUGCGAAGCUGCUCAGAACCGCUCGAUGCCAUAUGGAUGGUAUGGUCAAUAUUACCAAGGCCGACGAAGACGAAGCUCAAUUUUGAGGAUCCAGAGUGCUAAGAUCUCGUAUCUUCGAAAGCCCUCGCUGGAUCAGCUUACGUGACGUCGGUAUUGCCACACCCUACGAAGAACGUCGCCAACAAGGACCGCUUCAAAGCACAUUCCACGAUCACAUAUCAGACUCUAGCGCCACACGUCCGCGGCACAACCUACCUGAGGCGAUACCUGUCGCGCAUGAGGGCUGAACGUUGGUGAUCUUAGACGUGAUAUAUCUCGCUGAGCUGGUCACCAGAAUGUCCGCAGGCACUGACCAAGCAAAAUACCACUCGAACGAGGAACUUACCAAGCAAGUGCUGGUGUUCGCGCUAGACGGAAUACUUCAAGCCUCGUGUCUGCUGCGGCAGUGACACUUGUACACAGUAACCUCACACGCAUCA